AGUCAGAGCAGACCAGGGGGUGGAGAAUGUGGAAAUAGCGAAGUUCAUGUUUUCAGUCCGUGGAACUGACCGUGGGAGCUUUAUGUCUGGAAAGAGCGUUCAUAAUCAAAGAGUCAGAGCAGACCAGGGGGUGGAGAAUGUGGAAAUAGCGAAGUUCAUGUUUUCAAUUCGUGGAACUGACCGUGGGAGCUUUAUGUCUGGAAAGAGCGUUCAUAAUCAAAGGAUUGAACGUCUGUGGCGUGACCUAAGGGUCUGUGUCACCUCCAAGUACUCUGAAACACUACAAAGCCUGGAAAGAGAUCACCUACUUGAUUUAUCCUCUGCAAAUGACAUUUUCUGUGUCCACUGUAUAUUUCUACCUAAACUAAAAGCAGACUUGGAGACUUUUGCUGCAGGCUGGAACAACCAUCCUCUCAGAACAGAGGGAAAUUUGAGCCCAGAGCAGAAGUGGUACAUUGGAAUGAUGCACACACAGAUUGAUCAGCCAGAGAAUCUUGAGGAUAUUCAAGAGCCGGACAUUGACUGGGAAGUAGCAGCAGACUACCAUGGAGAAAAUGUGGAUGGUGCAGUAUUGGUCCCAGAGUUUGAGUGUCCCUUGAAUGAGGAGGAACUGGCAGAACUCAACACUCUCAUACACCAGAGUGAUCCCAACACUCCACUUACAGACCUUUAUGUACUCUGCCGUGAGUAUGUGGCUGGCAGAUGCAACCUCUAG